AUGGCAUGCAGAUCUCUCGCCCGAGUCUGCGCGCAGUUGCGCCCUUCAUGUCGCUCUAUCGUAUCGUCGCGUGCGAGCCUUGUCUCGAGCAGAAUCCCUCGGAGGGCGUUCGCUACCUCCGUUGGCGCCGCGGAGCUCAAAUUCGGCCAACCGCUGCACGAGACACAUCCCCACCUCCUCGAACCUGGUGAACUUACACCCGGUGUCACCGCUCUUGAAUAUGCCCAGCGCCGCUCGCGACUCGCCAAUAAGCUCCCCAAGGGCGCAAUCGCUGUCCUGGCCGCCUCGGAGGUGAAAUACCGCGCACCGGGAAUCUUCAAUGUUUAUCGACAAGAGUCCAAUUUCUUCUAUUUGACAGGUAAGAGCCCGCCUGACAACCUUGCAACGCCAUGCAGGGAUAUGAGCUUAUCAUACACCUUUCCACGCGCAGGAUUCAACGAGCCGAAUGCUCUGGCAAUUAUCGCAAACGAUGGCUCCGGCGAUAAUCAUAUCUUUCACCUUUACGUACGGGAAAAGGAUCCUCAGGCGGAGCUUUGGGAUGGAGCGCGCUCCGGCACCCGGGCGGCUGUAGAUGUCUUCAACGCCGACGAGACUGGCAAUAUCGAGCGUAUUGGAGAUAUUUUGCCCAAGAUCGUCACCCAGGCCACCGAGGUCUACUCUGAUAUUCCUGGCUUCGAUCCAUCCAGGUCUUCCUUGCACCGAUAUCUUUACGGCCCUACAGUAGCAUCGGAGAAGUUGAAGAAGGUUGUUGAUCACCGCAAGGUUCAGCCCUUGAAACACAUUCUCAACGAGAUGAGAGCUUUCAAGAGCGAGAACGAGGUGGUGCAUUUGCGUCGACUUGGACAGGCUUCCGGACGUGCAUUCACCGAGUCAAUGCGCCAGAAUUUCACUAUGGAGAAGGACUUGUGUUCGUUCUUGGAGUACCAGUUCAAGGUGAAUGGUGCGGACGGCAGUGCUUUUGUGCCUGUUGUAGCCGGUGGCCAGAAUGCUUUGGCUAUUCAUUACACGAGGAAUGACGAUGUUCUCCAGGACGGUGAUUUGGUUCUUGUCGACGGCGGCGGUGAGCUUGGAGGCUACAUCUCCGACAUUACCAGGACAUGGCCGGUCAACGGCAAAUUCACAGACCCCCAGCGGGAUCUAUACAACGCUGUACUCAAUGUUCACCGGUCCUGUUUAGCCCUCUGCCGCGAGAACGCAAAUCUCUCCCUGGACAAGCUACACGGCAUUGCCGAGAAUGGCUUGAAAGACCAGCUUAAGCAGCUUGGAUUCGACCUGUCUGGCAACGCCAUCUCCACAUUGUUCCCCCACCAUCUCGGCCAUUACAUUGGCCUCGAUGUUCACGACUGCCCCGGCUAUUCUCGAGGGUACAAUCUUAAGGCUGGUCAAUGUAUUACGAUUGAACCCGGCAUUUACGUUCCUGACGAUGACCGAUGGCCUGUACACUUCCGCGGCAUUGGCAUUCGUAUUGAAGAUAGCGUCUGCGUAGGAGAUGAGCACCCGAUUGUGCUGACACCCGAAGCCGUGAAGGAGGUCGUUGAUAUCGAGGCACUGCGUCCUUAG